UGUCCAAGAUGUAUGCAGUGUGAUGCCAAAUUUGACUUUAUCACCAGAAAGCACCACUGCCGCCGCUGUGGGAAGUGCUUCUGUGACAGGUGCUGCAGCCAGAAGGUGCCACUUCGGCGCAUGUGCUUUGUGGACCCAGUGCGCCAGUGUGCCGAGUGUGCCCUGGUGUCUCACCGCGAGGCUGAGUUUUACGACAAGCAGCUCAAGGUGCUCCUGAGUGGAGCUACCUUCCUUGUUACUUUUGGGGACUCAGAGAAGCCUGAAACCAUGGUUUGUCGUCUCUCCAACAACCAGAGAUGCUUGAUUCUGGACGGGGACAGCCAUCAUGAAAUUGAGAUUGCGCAUGUCUGUACUGUGCAGAUUCUCACAGAAGGCUUCACUCCUGGAGUAGAAAAAGACAUUCACACUUACACCAGCCUCCUGGGGAGCCUGCUUGCCUCUGAAGGCAGCACUCGAGCCACAGGCAUGUUCCUGCAGUACACAGUGCCAGGGGCAGAGGCUGCAACACAGCUGCGGCUGAUGGCUGGAGAGGAUGCAAAUGGCAGCAAGAGACAGGCAGCAGCGUGGCUGGCAGCCAUGCACAAGGCAACCAAGCUCCUCUAUGAAUCACGAGACCAGUGACUGCGAGGGAGCUGAGCUCAGCACAUCAGGUUACCGAGUCCAAGCUGCUUGCCCCUGCCUGAUGAGGCACUCAGGGCUCUGCUCUGUGUGUGCUCACUUACCUAGUGCAAUAUGCACACAGCUGAUUAACGCUUUAGAGAACUUGUGUUGUAUUGUUGGUACUUACUAGGGUUGGGAGAGGCUGCACUACAGUACUAAACCAGUUUGAGUAUAACCUAUAUACCAUGUUUAUAAAUCCCCAGGUUUAUUAAACUUUUGGCUCCGUUCCCACAGAAACAAAUCAGGUGGUGGUCACUCAGGCCUCUAGUUUAGCAUUGGUCUCUGCCUAUCUCCAAUAGCCGGUUUACAAUGCCUUAGCCUGUUCAUGACUCUCCGUCUAUUUUGUCGCUAACUUGGGGCAAUGAACAAUCCUUUUCUAUGUCACUAAGGGGAAGGCAUCAGCCUUGUGUUUUCUACUUUUCACUUUAUUAAAUGACUGUACAGUAAUUUGUAUAUAAAGUAUAUGAUUAAAACUUAUUUUGAAAGUA